AUGGCGGAUCGCCUCACGCAGCUCCAAGACGCUGUCAACUCGCUUGCAGAUCAGUUUUGUAAUGCCAUUGGAGUGUUGCAGCAAUGUGGUCCACCUUCCUCUUUUAGUAAUAUUCAGAUGACAAUCAACAAAGAUCAACCAGCUAAUCCUACAGAAGUAUAUGCACAGCUUUUUGCAGCACUUAUUGCACGAACAGCAAAAGACAUAGAUGUUUUGAUAGAUUCCUUACCCAGUGAAGAGUCUACAGCUGCUCUACAGGCUGCCAGUUUGUAUAAGCUAGAAGAAAACCAUGAAGCUGCUACAUGUCUGGAAGAUGUUGUUUAUCGAGGGGAUAUGCUUCUGGAAAAGAUACAAAGUGCACUUGCUGAUAUCGCACAAUCACAGUUGAAGACAAGAAGUGGUACCCACAGCCAGGCUCUCCCAGACUCAUAG